AGGGAAACAAGAAAAAUCCAAAAGAGCUUCCUUUGAAUCUUCUUAGAAAACUAUCACAUCAAAGAAGAAAUUUUUAAACAGUAUCAAUGCUAUUCCUAAACCUUCAAUGGAAAACCUGACAAUUUCCAUACAAUCCCUGCUGGCUAGAAAGAUGCAAGUGCAAGACAACUUUGGUCUAAAGUGCCUAAGUGUGAACAGCAAUGUGAAUCUUCAGGUCCAUUAUUGUAGUUUAAAAAAAAAAAGGAAAAGUUGAGAACUCAGUUUUUUUUUACAGAGACAAGAAGCAGUGACCAACACAAGAGUUCUCAGCUUUGGAUAGAGGAGUAAAGGGAAGAGAUCAAAGAAUGAAGGUGCAAAAAAAGGCAGGGUAAAUUGAGGAGGGGGGAGGUUUGGUAAUAGUAAUAGGAAGAAAAGAGGUUUUCUUCAGGAGAUGGUAAUGAUGAAUUAUGGGAUAAGUAGAAAGGUGAGAACUCAGCCCUGUAGCAGAGGCUAAAGCACUAUGAAAACAUGAGUUCUCACCUUUUGUAGGUGGAGUUAAGGGAGGGGCUAACCAAAGACAGACACAUAAAAAGACCCCAACCACUCGGGCCUGAUAUCUUUUGCUGCCAGAUCCCAAGGGUAAAGGCUGGCAUUAGCUCACCUAGGAGGAAUAUCUGAGAAGGAAGGAAUCAGAAGUCUAGGAACAUGGAUAAAAGAGACUUAGUUGAAAACCUCAAGGCAAAUCUGACUUGCUUUAUCUGCCUGGGCUACUUCACUGAUCCAGUGACUGUCAAUUGUGGCCAUAGCUUUUGCAAAGUCUGUCUUCUUAGGUGCAGAGAAGAAGCAGAUUCAACAUUCAACUGCCCAGAAUGCAGAGGAAUAAUCAAAGACAGAGAUGUGGUGCGUGAUAGGAAUUUGCAAAGUCUGUCUAUCACUGGCAAAAGGCUCAGAUCUCAUCUGCUUCAGAGCCUGGUGGAUCUGUAUGUGUGUGAUCAACAUGGGGAAAAAGGGAAGUUCUUCUGUGAGGAAGACCAAAGGUUCCUCUGUGAUUCCUGUUUAUUAGCCCCAGGGCACAAGGAUCACACAGUCCUUCCCCUGGAUAUGGCUUCUGACAAGUGCAAAGACAAGAUCAAGCACACCCUGAAUACCUUACAAAGAAAAAAAGAAGAAUUCAAGGUUGUAUUGAACAAAGUGACAAGGAAAGAAGAACUCUGUGUGAAGGGUAUACACUCUUUGAAACAAUCGGUUAUUUUAGAAUACAGAAAAUUAUGCGAAUUCUUAUGGGAGGAAGAACAACUCUAUCUACAAAGACUGGACCAGCGAUACACAGAUGACUUGGCAAAACUGAAGCUCAACAAGGCCAAACUGUCACAACAAAUUCAAAAUCUGGAAAGAGUGAAAUUAGAACUAGAGGAGAAUUUGGACAAGGGACCCUUGGAAAUGCUCCAAAAUAUGAAAGGCACUUUGGAAAGGAAUGAGGAGCUGCUCCUUCAAGAACCAGAGAAUGUUUCCUUUGCCUGGUGCACCAGCCCCAUCACUGGCAUGAGAGAGAUGCUCAUGAGUUUCCAGAGGGAUAUAAGUCUUGAUCCUGAAUCAGCCAAUCCACACCUCAUCCUGUCUGAAGAUCUGAAGUGUGUCAAGUAUGGAGAUGUCCCACAGGACCUUCCUGACAACCAGGAAAGAUUUGAUGAUACUCUUGCUGUCCUGGGGACCCAGACCUUCACUUCUGGCAAACACUAUUGGGAAGUGAAGAUUGGAGAUAAAACAGAGUUGGCAGUGGGAGUCUGUAAAGAUUCAAUUAGGAAAAAAGGGAAACUCACCUCAUUAUCUAAGGAUGUAUGGACCCUAGUAAGCUUCAGAAUAGGAAAUUUUUGUUUCCUCUGGAAUUCUCAAGAUGGGUUUUUUCUGAGCCAGCCUUUAGAGAAAGUGGGCAUUUUUCUGGAUUACAACAAAAGACAUGUAGCUUUUUAUGAUGUCAUAGAUCGAUCCUUAAUUUUUAGUUUCUCAGACAUGGCCUUUGAAGGACCUCUUCGCCCUUACUUUUCUCUUUGCUAUAGCAAGGGAGAAAGUAAUCCUGGGUCAAUUAUGUUAAUUAAUAUGAAAGAUUCUCAGUGAGAAGUGAAUGACACAGACUUGAAAAUGACUUUCUCUUCACUUAAACUCAUGUUAAAAUGGACAAUAUAAUUAUGUAAAAUUAUCAAACCGAAUUAGAAUACAGUGUGAACAAGUUGUGGUAUAUGAUUGUAUGGAAUACUGUUGUGCCAUUAGAAAAGAGAAUGAAGGUGAUAAAAAAACAACCCUGGAAAGAUUUGUAUAAAGUGAUGCAAAGUGAAGAAAGCAAAACCAGGAGAAUAACAUACACAAUAAUAUUUAAUGUACCAUGAGCAACUGAAAAUGACUUAAAUAUUAUCAAUAUGAUGAAUGUUCCAGAACAACUUACAAGGGACUUGUGAUGAAAAAGGAUUUUACUGACACAUGAGGUCUAAAUGCAGAUUGAAACAUACCAUUCUUCAUUUUAUUACCUCAAUGAAUUCUUUUUUAGUGGGUAAGCAAUGUGUCUUUUUUUCACAACUUGAUGAAUAAGGAAAUAUGUACUUUAUGAUCAUUUAUACAGCCUAUAUCAUAUUACCUAUAUUCUU